UAUCCUUUCUUUCCUUGACGGCUAUUCCGCAUUAAAUACCCCGCGCGUGUGUGACUACCGUUCAGUCUGAGUCAGACACUAGGCGAGAUCGCACGUGCACUCGUGAUGGCGGCCAGUCUUCAUUUGGGCCUGCUCGUUCUGGGCGCUGUAUCACUGCUUGGCAGAUGCGAGGUGAAACUGAACGCCGGCUGUAAAAUCGAGACCCUGAGGGCUUGCGGAGACGACUACGUGCCCUAUAAGAAAGGACCGCACCUGCACGAAUCUGGACAAGAGUUCGACGAGGGAUGCAAGAAAGACAAGACGCAGAUCCCUUGCACGCUCAAGUUCAUCAAUGAAUGUACUGAUGGAUUAGCGAAAGCCUCGGCACUGGUGGCGAUAAAGGCGUUGGAAGAGAACGUCGAGGCCGUAUGCAACGUUGGUUCGGAUCCGUACAAAAAUUACCAGAAAGGCAUCAAGUGUAUGAACUCCCAAGGCGGAAAACUUCAUAAAUGCAUUAAAGACUUCCUAGGUACUAUGGAACGCGCCAUCGUGAAGGCACCUGCCAAGGAUGUCAUUCACUACACCUGCUGCUCCUACCACGACAUGGUAGAGUGCCUAUCCAAAAGCCUCACGCCGUGCGAAAGCGUCGGCUCCAAGGAUUUCAUGAUCAGAGUCGUCCAGGAGAUGUUCGGCGAGACGCUCAACCUGGUGUGCGGCCGCUACACGAAGGGUUCCGAAAACUGCAAGUCCCUGCCACAGUUGCCGCGUCUGGGUGCCAAUGACCGCAGGGUCAGCAACAUCGUCGAGAUGCUCUUGGAAGCGGCCGGCACUUUGGGCCGGAAAAACUAGACCCGCACACGUGUGUAAAUUAGUAUGUUAAAAGUGUGCGAGAUGACCAACUUACGGCUCGUCCGCGGGCUUGACAUGUUCACGCGACAUUUCAUCUGCGCAUUCGUACGAACAACUCCCAUUUCAGACGGGAGAAACGUUUAGCGAACGGAUCAGCCCUGGCGUAUUCUCUCCGACAGUCAUAGCCAUCACUUCAGUUCAUCCCAAUUAGGACAAAAAAAGUCUACUUCAUUUGAAUAAAGACACUUGCGUAGCUUUUCUCCCCCAAGAAUUAAGCGUACACACAUUUAUUUAAAUGCAUUAUGCCACGCGGAGACCUGCGCGAGAAAAGCAAAAAAAAAACAAGAAAGAAACCAAGCUUCCUCUCAUGAGCUCAGCCAACAAACAUAGCCAUUACCAGUCACUUUCGUGUGCCGCCCCGCCCACCUUAUUGCGUAGGAACCUACUAGAAAAUGGACGGUGGAGUAUAGUAAGAUUUUGGGUGGCUUGCGAGAUUGCCUUUGCUCAGCGUGUUUCUCGGUACAAUAAAUGUGAUUGUUUGUUUGACUGA